CGACUAUCUGUACAUUGAUGACUUCUUUAAACAGCCAGGAAGCGUCAGAGCCACGUUUGGAGGCAGGUGGAAGUUUAUGACUUAUCAAAAUUAUUGAUUGGUCGAGUCCACUAAGAUACUACCAAGAUGGCGGCAACCGAAGCUAAAGAAGUUUUAGGAAAAGUCUGGCACUUUGUUUUGUUUGGACUGUGCUUAUUUGUGCAGUAUUACGACGUUUUAUAUGUGAAUGAUGUCUAUGGAUCUCCAGUACCCUUCAAAUUGACUUUUGGAGGAAGGUGGAAGCUUUUGACAGUCUUAAACUUUAUGGCGCACACUGUGUUCUUCAGCAGCUGUGUACUGGCAGACUUCAUAGAGGGGGUUCUGGGUAAAAAAGCUGCCGGGCUGAGAAAAGUGCAGGACUAUGUACUGGUCUCUAUACUGUUCCCCAUGAGCAUGAUUGUGAUGGUUGUGUUCUGGGGGAUCUAUGCUGUGGAUCGCGAGCUGAUCUUCCCGGCAAGCCUGGAUCACGUGAUCCCACCCUGGAUCAACCAUGUGUGGCACACGACCAUAGUGCCUGUGUUACUGCUGGAGAUGUACAUGGUUCAUCACAAGUACCCGUCCCGCCGUGCAGGCCUCACCGGAGCGAUCACCCUUGGGCUCGUUUACCUUACAUGGAUCCUGAUUGUGGCUAAGGUCGGAGGGUUCUGGGUCUAUCCCUUCAUGGCAGUGAUGACUGGGUUCCAGUUUGUCCUGUUCUGCUGCUUCACAGCUGCUAUAGGCUGUGUGUUCUACCUCAUGGGGGAGCUCUGCAACAAUGUCUUCUGGGGACCACGAGAAACACCAAGAAAGCAGAAGAAAAGAGCAUGAUGAAUGAUAUAAUUAGUCGCAAAAAACAUUCUUAAGAAUAAUGAAUAGCUUAUAAUGUUGUUCUCCAUUUUCAGGGAAGAACGGAAGGUUUUAGUUUUUAUUGUUGUAUGUCUUUAUUGAAAAUAAUUUGUAUGAACAGAAUAUCAUAAUAGGAACUGGUUUGUGACAUUUAGAAAAAUGUUACUAUCAUGACACCCAAAUUUUACCACAGUUUCUAAUUUUUUUAUCACACUACUUCUUACAGGUUGUCAUUUUCAUAGUGUUCUGUUUUUGUUGAUGUAAAUGUCCCCAUUUUCUUUUAUGUUUUCUGACAAGAUAGCUGCGUGUAUCAGCAACCAUACUGAAGCUACAACAGGCAUAUCUAUGCAAAAAUUUCUCAUUUUUAAACUUAGCAAAAACUUCUCAUUUUUAAACUUAGCGAACUCAGGUACAUAACUGGUGUAUUUAGAGAUGGAAUUUCUGUUAUUUGUGUUGAUUUUGAAAUUUUUGUAACCUUGUCUCAUUGUUCAUAUGGGAUGGUUUUAUUAAGGUGGUUCAUGAAUAAAUAUAGGCUGAAACAAACAAACAAAUCAAAGAUACUAAAAUUAAAAAGUGAAUGUUUAUUUCAAGGUGUUACAAUGGAGAAGUAUCGUGAUCAGAUGUACAUUUCAAUAGAAAUAUAAAAAAUAACACAAACUCCAAUGUAAAGAAUGAAAACCACAGUUACUAUACACUUCUGCCUAUUUAUAAGCUUGCACCUUAAGUUAACAACGGAGAAACGCAAUAUGAACAUGCUUAGUACAAAUAACAUACUUGUACUACAAAUAUAAAUGAACACUUUUUACCAUAUUAAAAAAAAUGCAUCAUAAUGCUAUCUGCUACCUACAACAUACACACAAAAAGAGACUUAGUCUUCGUGUUGUGAUCAAGAAUUUCGUAAAUAAAUGGAGAUCUAAAGUCAUUAUACUUCAUGUUGUGUGUUUAGGUAAUUGUGUAAAAAUAUUACGCACUUUAUUUGUAUCUUGUGGUUCUAAUUAUUUCACAUCAUAAGUCAUUCUUUUACAAACAACCAUCAAUGAAAGAAAGCAAAACAAACAACAAAAAACCCUUUCAUUAAAUACCAAAAACUAAAUAGAAUUCUAGCCAGUUGGUCACAAAACAUUGACUUAAAGUUUGUCAUAGUUGGCAGUGUAUUUCACUCAUUGUGAGAAGUGAACUUUCUACAAUCAGCUCCAAGUGUGUCUGUUUUUCCGUUUCAUGGCAAAAUCUGUGAAAUCAUUCAGAUUCCCUGAGGCCAUGAAUGAUGAUGGCAUUGGAUGGAUGGAGGGAGGUAGAGCAGUCUCUACCAGACUACCUACGCUGGC